AUGAAUGGAUCCUCUAGAUCCCUUAUUAAAGCACUCAAUAACUUGACUGAUGAUUGGAAAGAUCAUGCUGAUGAAGAAAAAAUAAAUUCAGACUCUUCUGAACUUUUUAAAGUGAUAAGCUUAUUUUACGAAAAACACAAUGAUUUGCAGAGCAUUAAACAAUCGAUAAAUAUUAAUGAUGAAUUAUUCCGUAUUUAUAAUGUUUAUAUUAAACCAGUCUCUAAUUUGCCAAGGGAAAUAUUGUUCUUGGAAAUUUUGACACAGCUUCUGCCAACUUUGAUAGAUAAUGAGAUAAUACUUUGGAUUAAGACAUAUCUUAAACCUGCAGUUGAUAGUGCUGGAUAUGACAUCCAGAUUGUAUUGAAGUCUCGAGACUUUAUUCGUCAAUUAUCUAUGAAAGAAACAUCUUCGGGGGACACUUUGUUAAUAGAAAGGCGUGAUCAAAUAGCAUCAAUUGUCAUGGAUACUAUUAUACAGUUGUAUAUCGGUCAAAAAGAUGAACAAUACGAUGUAAUAGGUUUACAUUUACCAAAAGAAGAAACUGAUAGUCAGCUUUAUUAUGAAAGGAUACGAUACAUGAAAAAAAAUUGUGAAGAUUUACUACACGAAUACGGACUUAAGAAAACGAAAGAAUAUUUUAACUUGAUCAACAAAUAUUUUAAAUCAUCGUCUCAAAGAUUAGAUAUGUUGACCUUAUUGUCAAGGUUGAUUUCUUCUCAUACAUUGCAAGUUUACCAAAUAGUUGAUACAGAUCUUUUUUAUAACCUACUUAGAAGUUUGUUAUAUGACUAUAAUGAGAGCAUUCUUCUUGUUUCAUUAUCAUUACUUGUUAUGCUCAUACCUCAGGUUUGCAAUAAGAUGGCAAAAUCUUUUCCUGACUUGUUGGUAAUUUAUAUUAGGUUAUCAAAUUGGGAGCUGUUUAAUGAACACAUACCUAAUAAAUCUGAUUACUUAGCAAAAUUACUCGAUGAAAACUUGAAAGUUUGGGACUUGGCAGAAAACUACCCUUUGAAAGGUGUCUCGCCUACUAACUCUAAGAUUGAGCUAGAUAUACUGCAUUUAAUUACACUAUUGUACGGACUCUUUCCGUUGAACUUAAGCAAGUUUUGUCAAUCUCCCUUCAAGUUUUUAAUGAACCGUCCUACUGAAAUAUUCAAAAUCAAAUUGCUUAGUUCUAUAAUGGAAAAUAAAGGAUUGCCUUAUGAAAAAAGUUUAGAACUCGCUAUAAUUAAUACCACAAGAGACUUCUUGAGGUCAUUUUCAUUUCAUCCCAACUUUCUUCGAUAUGAUAAGCUCACAUUACAGAAUGAGCUUGAAAACCCUUUAGCUUGGCUCUUUGAUGAAUCAAGCGACAAUGAUCUUCGCUCCGAAGAAAUAUCACUAGAAUGUUUAAGCUUUAAUCCACAUCUAGUCAUUAACGUAUUUAAUAAUCAAGACGACAUGGUCAGAUCAUCCUCGGAUAAAGCUCUAUCAGAAACUAAUGUUGGUUCUAAUAACAGUAAUCUGUUUGGAUUUAUAUAUACGGGAACAGGUGAAUCAAACGCAGGCUCGCUGUCAAAUUCACGUCAUGUAUCACGAAAAUCAUCUUUUGCAGCACCCAUUUAUUUGAACAUGAAGGAUAUAUCGCAAAAAUUACCGAGCUCAUUACAGCAUCUUAAUAAUAAGCAGAUUAUUGAUACAAGAUCCAAUAGCAUUUCUGACAUAAAGUUUAAGGACGUGAAGUUUGAUCAAGGAUUAAUGGAAGAAAAUGAACCAAAUGGAAGUGAAAAUGAACGUGUAUCUCAUGUUAAUGAAACUGCUUCUGAUACUAGCUUCGAUUUAGAUGCUGAUUAUUCACGAGAAUCAAAGAGGCCUGAUCAAUUUAAAUCGAACCAACUGUUGAAUGAUAUGUUUUUGGCCCACGAAAAGCUUUAUAUUCUUUCAACUAAAGCAAGCGACCCUAAAAUUGAUUCAAACAUGCAGGUUAGAGAUCAAUCAAAAAAUCAAAUCCCACCAUCUGAUAAAUUAAAAAUUGAACUACUUCAUAGGCCUGGUACUUCUCCGACUACAUCAUUAGAGACAACUUCUGUUCAUAGAAACUCAAUUUCUGGAACAAUAUCUAGUGUGCCUUCUUCGGAUUCAACUCAAGUACAAGAUUUUAGUAUCACCAAUAAUAAAUUUCAACAUGGGACAGCGCUUGAAUAUUAUCAUAGAGAAUUGCUACUCAUGAAGAAUGAAUUAGAAUUUUCAAAUUAUAUGCGAGAUCUAAACAAAACUCACUAUGUUAAGCUUAAAUUAAAAUUGAACAAGCUUUCAAAACAAUCCUGUUUAUAUAACCAAUCUAUUGAAAACAGGAGUAAUAUAUUGGAAAUCAAUAGUUUGAAGGUAGGUUAUGAUUCCCUUGUCGAAUCUUUAGAGCAAUUAAAAUUACAGUUGGUAGAAUCAGAAUCUAAGUUUAAGAAUGAAAAUUCACUUUUAUUUAAUAAAAUCAAAGACCUUGAAGGCGAAAACAGCCGCUUGAAAACAGACCUAAGCAAUUCUACAAGUGAACAUCAAUUAUUGAGUAACAAUUUACAUCAUUCGAUUCAGGUUGUUUUGCCUGAAAAGGAGGUUGAAGUUAACAGGCUAACAACUAAAUUACAUGAGCUGGAGCGAAUAAACGAUACAUUAAACCAAGAAAUCAGGCAUUUGACGGAAAGAACUAAACUGAAGGAAAUAGAUCAUCUUGAGAAGAUUCAAACUAGCACCGCUUUCAACUUAAGUGAACAAGAAAAGCAAAUUUAUAAUUUGAAAAAUGAUAUCUUGGUACUCAACGAUAAGAAUUUAAAGAUUUCCCAAGAAUUAAUAAAGGCACAGGAUUUGUAUGAUGCAGCAAUAAAAUCUUAUGAAUCUAAACUUUCUUCAUCCAAAAAUGACUUAAGCAAGAACAUAAGCACUUUCACAUCACAAUAUGAAAGACGAAUUCAAGAACUAUCAGCUAUAAUUCUUAAAUAUGAAGGGUUAUUAGAUGAAAAGAAUUCCAGAAUCGCCCUGUUCUCAACAUCUAAGCCUAUUGAGAUCAAUCACGCAAAGGCACUGAAUGAGAUGAAGGCCUACGAAAUGGGCAUUCCACAAUUGACUCGAAAUAAUGUAUCACAAGAAUCUUAUGAACAAGAAUCCAAAGGAAGAGAGCCUACCCCGGUCGAAGGUAUGUAUAACGGCCAGCUUGAUCACCUUCCUCCUCAUCAAAACUAUGCUUCCAAUUCUCACUUCCCACCACAAACUGUUGCAGCACCAAUUGUUAGAGGUAGAGGAGGUAUUCAAAAGAGAUCCAAGAAACACAUGUGA